AUGCUUCAGUAUAAAGUUGUCAUUGACUCUAUGAUACAAUGCUGCGACUUAGACAGUGUAAGCGUCAAUGAUAUUGCUAGUAGAACUCAGGAACUCUUUGGUCACAGGUUUGGAAAGCAGGAAAGAAAGAAGCUCGAGUCGUUAAUUGAAUCAAGGUUCCUUUAUUUCCUCCAAAGAGACCAUCUCAGAACCCCAGGAGAUGCGCAAAUAGAAAAGGAGAAUCUGUCACUUGCGCUUAAGAUCAAUUUUCAGCCAAUAACGGAUGACCCUGAGUUUCAGCCAACUAGAAUAAGUAAGAAGAAGAAACCUGUUGGUUUGAGGUUGAUUGGAAAGUUGGCACGGUUUUGCAACACAGAGUUUCUAUCUGCAGAGGCUGCUAUAGAAAGAAUACAAAACUAUGCAAAAUUUCAUGAAAUUCUUGACUAUCAGAAAAACGAAAUUCAUUGUGACGAACCGUUAAAGAAGUUAUUGGAGUCCGAUAUUGUGCCGGUAGAUAAGAUAGGUGAGAUAAUAUUCAAAUAUACUCGACCCUUGAGUAAAAAUGAAAUCCUAGAUGUUCAAACACAGAGAUCUACAGAUCAAUUGAUUCCUCGUUACAAACAGAUACCUCCUUUGCUAGUUGAUGUUCUUGGGAAGGGACCUCUGCUGCUAUUAGAUAUUCAUCAAAGAAUAAGAAGCUAUGUCGUGAAAAAAGGGCUACUAGAUGGCAAUUAUGUUUUGCCUGACGGACUGCUAUCACAGGUUGUUGGACAGAGCAAAAUAAGUUACCCAUCCUUCAGAAGAAAUGUCGUGAGAUGGAUCGAUGAAAAUGGACGAUUAGCCACACCAAAUGAGGAAAAUACAACCACAGAACAUAUCUCUUCCACCAACGAGUCAGAUAGCAGUAAUUCUGACGGCGAAAGCUCCAACACUGGCGAUUCCUCCGGGAGCUCUACAUCCGAUUCUGAACUGGAUUCAGAAUAA